AGAACUGUCAGGUGCCAACCUGUCAGCAAUAAACCACUUAAAAUUUUCAUUCAAAAAAGGCUGAAUAGAAAAGGCUUAAAAUGACGGAGAAAACUACGAAAGAAAAAAAUGUUGCUACAUUUUAUGCGGAAUUAAACCGUUUCGGGCAGAAUGGCGAAUAUGAAAGAGCUCUGAAAGCCGCAAACAAGAUCCUUGGAGUUGCCCCAGACGAAUUUUUAGCAUUUCAAUGUAAAAUUGUUUGUCUAAUUCAAUUGUCCCGUUUUGACGAAGGUAUUUCUUUAAUGAACAAAAACCCUCAAUUUUUGCAGAAAUUGAUUUUCGAAAAAGCUUACUGCUAUUACCGUGCUAACAAACCCGAUGACGCUUUAAAAAUCAUCGAAUCUACAGAAGGAGAGCUUGACUACCGCAUCAAAGAAUUGAAAGCUCAAAUUUUGUACCGAUUAGAAAAAUAUAAUGAUUGCACUGCCAUGUAUCAUGAGAUUAUAAAAAAUACUCAUGAUGAUGACUACGAAGACGAAAGAUACACUAACCUUAGUGCAGCUAUGGUUCAUGUUAAUGCCGAAGAUAUAGUUGGUGAAAUUAACGACUUCAGGGAAAAUACUUAUGAACAAUGUUACAAUAAAGCUUGCUUGUUGAUUGCCCAAGAAAAUUAUACGGAAGCCGAGAAGAAGCUAAGACAGUGUGAAAAGUUGUGUAGAGAAAUACAAGAAGAAGAUGAAGCAACUGAAGAGGAAAUUGACAUUGAAUUGGCUUUAAUAAGAAUUCAGUUAGCUUAUGUUUUUCAAAAACAAGGGAGAAUAAAAGAAAGCCAGCAAAUGUACAUAUCGAAUCUAAAAUUGAAAUUAGAUGAUAUUGCUUUGAUGGCCGUCGCUAGCAAUAAUAUCGUUUGCAUCAAUAAAGACCAGAAUCUUUUUGAUUCCAAAAAGAAAAUGAAAGUUGCCUUAAACGAGGCCUUAACCUUUAAAUUGCCUUCAAAACAGAGGAAGUACAUUGCUCUAAAUAAUGCCAUUCUUAAUUAUUACAUAAACCAGACUGAUCAAUGUGAGAAAGUUUGCAAAGCAAUAGACGAUAAAUGGCCUGAACUUCGUUUACAAACGACUGUACUAAGGGCUUUAAAUCUUAUAAAAGUCGGCAAGACCCAAGAUGCUAUCAAUUUGCUAAAGGGUAUAAAAACCAAGGACGAUAAUUUAUACAUCAAUUUGUGCAUAGCUCAGAUUUACUUAAUGCAAGGAGAAAAAUUGGAAACUUGCAAGGUUUUGGAGAACAUAGGCGAAGACAGUUAUAAACCUGGAAUCGUUGGAGCCUUGACAACCUUGUAUUUAGGUAUCGGGGAAGAAAAAACAGCUCUUAAAAUCUUCGAAAGAACUGUUGAAUUUUACAAAAAGAAUAAGGUCAGAGGUGUUGAUUUGUCGAACUUAUGGCGACAAGCCGCAGAAUUUCACAUUAGGAAAGGCUUACCGCAAGUUGCUGCUAAUAGUUUAGAAGAACUAUUAAAAAGCAACAAGGACGAUAAGAAACUUAUUGCUCAGCUAAUUUUGGCGUAUGCAUUAUUCGACAAACCUAAAGCAUUGCAACUGAGCAACCAAUUAAUUUCAGUGGAUGAAUUGGCUAAAGAUGUAAAUCUAGAGGACUUAGAGACAACUCAACUGCCUACUAUUACUUACAAUAAAAGAAGUCCAGCCACUAAACAAGAAUCUUUACCUAGCACUCCUCGAGAAGAUUCUGUUAAAAAGACUAGAAAACAUAAGAAGCGCAAAGGAAAACUUCCCAAAAACUAUGAUUCCAGCGCUGCACCGGAUCCCGAACGUUGGUUGCCAAAAUACGAAAGAACUGGUUACCGUAAAAAGAGGGAUCGAAGAGCUAAAGAUGUCAUCAAGGGCUCCCAAGGAACAGCAUCUGGUCAAGCAGAACAAUACGAUUUUUCCAACAAACUUGUUGAUGAAUCUUCCGAUACUGGGAACUCUGUUGAUCCUUCUCCACGCAAUAAGCCUGCUCAGUAUCAGCAAAAGCGAAAUACGCAGAAGAAGAAGAACAAGAGACGUUAAAUUUAUUUCUGUUGGCGUUAAUUAAUUUGCUUUUUUUUGUAACCAUUUUUUGUAUAUUAUUGCUAAAUAAAUACAGUUACAAAGCCU